AUAAUUUGAGCAAUAAGUUAAGCCAAGGUUAGCAGUUCACUAUGGCUACGUCACCUCAAGAUUUGGGAAAGGCAUUUUCAGAGCACUAUUAUGGAGCAUUUUCCAAGAACAGAGCUGAACUGUUCCAAUACUAUCACCCGCAAGCGAUGCUGACUUUCGAAGGAGCUCAAGUAUCUGGCCGUGACGCUAUCAGUCAGAAAUUGACAAGUUUACCGUUUCAACAAGUGCAGCAUGUGGUAACGACAGUUGAUGUACAGCCGGUGCCUGCAUGUGACGGGGCUAUCAUAGUUCAAAUACUCGGACAACUUAAGACCGACAACGAUCCUCCGCACGGCUUCGUCCAAGUGUUUACAAUAUUUCCCAUAAAUGGAAACCACCUUAUCGUAAACGACAUGUUCAGACUGGUGCUACAUAACGCAUAAGUUGUCAGUUCCUUUGGUUCGUCUAAAUAUUCUGUUUCCUCUCAUGGAGGUUUCCUCUCAUGGAGGUUCUUCUCUCUGUCGGUUUCCGUCCGUGCUGUUUCGGUGACCUUGAAUGGGACUAUGAUCGCUCGAAAGAUACUCUGACAAAAUUUGAGCACUUAUUGUGGGCCCAAUUUUUAGUUUUAUAUUUCUUUAAAUAUGAUUAAAGUGAUUGGUUGGGUGACGAGGAACUAUGGUGUUGUUGGAAGUGUGGAAAUGCGAUGCCGCGCGAUGCCGUGCGAUGCCGUUUUACGUUGUUUCUGAUAACUAUAAGUCUUUGUUUUUAUCACGUGCUUUUCAAAAGGGAAACUUGUCAUCUGAGAAUUUUAAAACGUAUUAAGUUUACAAUUUAAUAUCUUGAGUCAACUACUAUCAACUCAUUUAAUUACUAUACAAGUUGCUAUACAAGUUGCUAUAAAAUUAAAUCGUGUAAUUUAUUA